AUGUCUGGUGCGGAGGAGGUGAAGCAGGCGCCCGAGGCGAUGCAGGAAGAGGCCGCGGAGGAGCAGGAUGCAGAGCAGCCCAGCAACAAGCGCAAGCCGGAGGAGGCGGCGGCGGGUGAUGGUGCUGCCGGCGAGGGCGACGCCCAGCCCCCAGCCAAGGUGCAGAAGACCGAGGGGGACGAGCAGGUAGCAGGAAAAGAAGGAGAAGCAGCAGCGAAAGCGCCGCAGGAGCCCGUGACGAUCGGCUACAGGACCUUUGCCACCGGCAAGCAGUGCUACGACUACUUCCACAGCCUGAUGACCAAGCUGCGCAAAUACCAGAACCUGAACGAUUAUGAGUUCCACAUGGUGCACGACCUCAUCAAGAAGGGGCACCCUGAAGCAGCACGCAAGCUGGAGGGCGGCGUGCGCGCCAUCCAGCUGCGCGACGUCGACAUGGGCCACGCCGUCUCCUCCUGCUUCUUUCUCAUCCACGAGGACGGCAGCGACGAGGAUGUGUCGUACCGCAAGUGCCUGGCGGGACUGUUUGAGGACCUCAAGGAGCUGGCCGCAGGUAACGCGUCGGGCACCGGCCAGAAACCGCGCGGCGGGCGCGGCGGCGGGCGCGGCGGCGGGCGCGGCGGCCGGUUUGGGCGCGGCGGCGGCGGCAGGGGCGGCGGCAGGGGUGGCGGCAGGGGCCGCGGCAGGCACUGA